GCGCACCCAUCCAAACAAAAUCUCAACAUUUGGUCCCAAACCUUUCCCAAGCAAUCACGAAUCGGGAAAGACGCCAAAUGGGAGAAGCUCUGAGAAUGGAGAUCACGGCGCAGGAGCUGAAGCAGUACGACGGAUCCGAUCCGUCGAAGCCAAUUUACGUCGCGAUUAAGGGCCGCAUCUUCGACGUCUCCGCCGGCAUGUCCUUCUACGGCCCCGGAGGGAACUACUCCGUCUUCGCCGGCAAAGACGCCAGCAGAGCCCUGGCGAAGAUGAGCAAGGAGGAGCAAGACGUCUCCCCUUCCCUCGAAGGUCUGUCCGAAAAGGAAAUCGGAGUCCUGGCCGACUGGGAGAAGAAAUUCGAAGCUAAGUAUCCUGUCGUUGGCAAUGUUAUUCAAUCCUAAUCCCUAAUCGAUUUCUGCAUAAUUUAUAAAAACAUGCUUCAAUCAAUAAGUAUAUAAUACUAUAAGCAAGCAAUUUGGUGAUUUUCGAGUUUUUCGGUUGAAAUGUGUGCUUGACUUAUAUUCUUAUUGUUGUGUCUUCAUCAUCAUCAUCAUCAGAUGCUAUGAUCUUAUGAAAAAGGUCUUCUUUCCAAGAAAUAAGAAUCUGAUUGUUACCUUUCGUGUUCAUGAAUUGGCUAGGAGUACUUUGUGUACUGAGUCUGAAGUUUCAGAAAUCAAUAGAUCCAUGAAGGAAAAAGGAACAUAGAAUAUGAAUGUUCAUCCAACUCCACUUCUUUUCCUUUCCUCCCCAUUUCUUUUCCUAUCCAAACAAGAGAAAAUGUCUCGAAAUCCGUGUUUUCUUAUCUUGAAUUCUCAUUCCUCUCCUUUUCCACACAUCCAAGCAAGGGUUAGUGUUAGGAGGAAAUGAAAUUUUGAGAAGGAAAAAAGUUGCUCAAACUCAUUUUGUUGAUGCAUUUCUAUUACAUAUAAAUACUUAAGAAAUACAUGCAAGAUUUUAAUUUCUUUCAGUUUUAGUUUUGAUUUUCCUUGAUGUUUUCCAAGAUUAUAUAGGGUACUGUCCUGGAUAGAGUAAACAGGAGGCACUGAGUUUGAACCUCCUGUGCAAUUUAAGUAUCAAGAAGAUGCAAUAGUGAGAGGCGUUCAAUGAAGAGCGGAUGGACGAACAUAAUUACCCGUACAGGCGGGGCGGAGCGGCCGACUCGUAAAUGGGUGGAUCUGAGAAUCAAGAUUGGCCUGUUAGGCCAGCAAGGCCCCCAUAAGUCUUGUUCAUCUCUUCCGAAUCUUAGUACUCCCUCCAUCUCUUUUGAAUCUUUCCAUUUGAUUUUCACGCUCAUCAAUGCAAUACUUUGACCAAUUAUUUACAAAACUAUCUCUCGUCAUUUAUGAAUAUUCUUAAAUGACUUGUCGAUCAUUUAAGUCAUUUUACUUCCACAAAACAAUAUUUGGCUUAUAAGCAACUUAUAUGUUAAAAAAUGAUUAUCAUCAAUAAGUCAAUAAGCAUAGAAAAACACUCCCUAAAUUUAUAUCACAAACCAAAGUGGGAAGUUGUAAAAGAGAUGGUGGGAGUACUUUUUUACUGUGGAGCUCUUUAGUAGUGAGUGUGCUAGACACAAGAGUUUUGGGGUACAAAUGGCAAUAGAGAAGCAAUUAGCUUUUGAAAAUUUGAGCCUACAUGUUCUGCAAUCUGCACUGUCCUUGACUUGCAUGGAGUACUCCCUAUUGUUUUGUAAUUUGUUGCGCCAAUGAAUUGUACCUUGUAUU